AUGAUUAAAAAAAAUAUGUCACUAUUCAGUACCUGGUUUGUGUCAGCAUUGACACUUUCUAGUUUCGCCUAUUCUGCUCCCCUUGAUACUAGUCUUGAUCUUGAAAAACGUCAAUUUGGGGGCUUGAUUUCUGAUGCAAUUGUACAAAUUAACCAAAUGAUUGGAUGCAAUGUUCCAAGACCAAAUCUUAACCCCGGAGAUAUUGGUAUGCUGGAAGAAACCGUUACUAAGCACCUGGAAGCCAUGAUUCAAUGUAUUUCUAAUGGUCAAUCUCUUGUUGCCCUUCCUUCAAGUUAUGUCGCUAGCAAUAGAGAUAACUCUCUUGACAAACGCCAAUUCUGGGAUGCCAUUGCUGAUUCAAUUGUUCAAAUUAAUGAAAUGAUUGGUUGCAAUGUCCCACGCCCAAAUCUUAACCCUGGAGAUAUUGGUCUGCUGGAAGAAACCAUCAACAAUCAUAUGGAAGCUAUGGCUCAAUGCAUAGCUGGUGGACAAUCUAAUGUUCGUCUUCAACUUGAAAAGCGUCAACUUUGGGAUAUGAUUGCAGAUUCCAUUGUUCAAAUAAACCAGAUGAUUGGGUGCAAUGUUCCAAGACCAAACAUUGACCCUGGUGAUUUUGCUUCAGUUGAGGAAACAGUUGCCAAGCACAUGGAAGCUAUGGCUCAAUGCAUUUCUGGAGGCCAGUCUAAUGUGGCUGUUCCUGGUAGUUAUGUUUCAAUUGACGAUAAUGAAAAAAACUCACUUCCAGUACUUGAGCGACGUCAAUUGUGGGAUGUGAUUUCUGAUUCCAUUAUGCAAGUAAAUGAUAUGAUAGGCUGUCAAGUUCCUCGUCCAAACCUUGCAUCUGAUAACAUUGACCAGCUUGGAGACACAAUUGCACAGCACAUGCAAGCAAUGACUCAAUGCAUUACUGGUGGUAAAUCCUUGGUUACUAUUCCCAAAGGAACUACUGAAAAUUCACUCGAACUUGUUCAAAAGAGACAGAUCUGGGACUGGAUUAGUGAUUCUAUCGUUCAGAUUAACGACAUGAUUGGAUGCAAUGUUCCACGACCAAAUUUAGAUCCUAGUAGCGUUGCACAAAUUGAAAAUACUAUUAGCAACCACAUGAAUGCUAUGGCUGAGUGCAUUGCUGGUGGACAGUCCAAUGUUCUUGCUUCGUCUGUUCGUCCUCCAUCAUUAAAGAGACGCAGUCUGGGUGAUGCUGAAAUACAGGGUGGACCCAGUCCAUACGGUCCUGGAUACAGCGGUUCCAACGGUCCUGAUAGUCCUGGAGGUCCCGGCGGUAGUCGUGGUAAUGAACCUCAUGGUCCCGGAGGCCCUGGUGGCCCCGGUGGUGGACAUGGUAAUGAACCUCAUGGUCCUGGUGGUCCUGGUGGUCCUGGUGGUCCUGGUGGUGGAUAUGGUAAUGAACCUCAUGGUCCCGGUGGUCCUGGAGGCCCUAAUGGUCCUGGCGGUUCCAGCGGUCCUGGCGGUCCUGGAGGUCCUGGAGGUCAUGGAAAUCCGUGGAACAAACGCUCCAUCUUUUCUGGGUUUCAGGUUGUGAGAAGAUGA